CUCUCAGAGAGAAGCUGUGAAGCUCUGUACUCAGUUCUCAGCUCCCAGUCCUCUAGUCUGAGACACCUGGACCUGAGUAACAAUGACCUGCAGGAUUCAGGGGUGAAGCUUCUGUCUGCUGGACUGAAGAGUCCACACUGUACCCUGGAGACUCUCAGGCUGUCAGGAUGUCUGAUCACAGAGGAAGGCUGUGCUUUUCUGGCCUCAGCUCUGAGCUCCAACCCCUCCCAUCUGAGAGAGCUGGACCUGAGCUACAAUCAUCCAGGAGACUCAGGAGUGAAGCUGCUGUCUGCUGGACUGAAGGAUCCACACUGGAAACUGGACACCCUCAGGUGCUGUUUGAAACAUCCAUCUAUAAUGGAGCUCUGCAGAUCUGCUGGCAGAUACAGAGCUGCAAGACUCAGAUAAGAACUUCUAUUCUCCCAAGCCCACACUAAUACAAAAUACCUGCUAAAUUAUUUGAAGAAUUAUCUUGACAGGCUCAGAGAUGAUGUAUCUCCUUCAUGUUUUUUUUAGAUGGCAGUGGUGAUGCAGCUGCUAAACCUUCAGCAGAAGAACCAGAUCCCGGCUCAGGUCACUGCUGAAGACAUGAUCAAGCUCAUUUUGAAGCUUAGUUACUGAGACUCA